UAAACAUUCCCGAAAUUCCCCAUUUCUAAAAAAUGGAAUCCUUCGUCACUUCAUUUUUGUUCUUCAUUUCCAUUUCCCCUUUCUUUCUUCUAUCAACAACGCAACCAAUUUUUUCACCCUCUGCCCCCGUCGCUGCCCCAUACCGCCGCCACAAGUGGGUCGGACCCACUGGCCAUCGGCUGAUCAAAGUAGACGGUAACGGGUCCGGCGACUUCCUCACUGUCCAAGCCGCCGUCAAUGCAGUCCCGGAUUAUAACACCGUGAGCACCGUUAUCCGAAUCAGCCCCGGAUAUUACGUGGAGAAGGUGGUGGUGGCGGCGACGAAGCCGUACAUAACAUUUGAAGGAGGAGGGAAAGAGAGGACGGUGAUAGAAUGGCACGACAGGGCAGGUGACCGAGAUCCCAGUGGGCAGCAGCUGCGUACCUACAGAACAGCCUCGGUCACAGUUUUCGCUAAUUACUUCUCUGCCCGAAACAUCAGCUUCAGGAAUACAGCACCGGCGCCGAUGCCCGGAAUGCAAGGGUGGCAAGCGGCGGCGUUCCGUAUAUCCGGCGAUAAAGCCUAUUUUUCCGGCUGCGGGUUCUACGGUGCUCAAGAUACGUUGUGUGAUGACGCGGGCCGCCAUUACUUCAAAGAAUGCUACAUUGAAGGCUCCAUAGACUUUAUCUUUGGAAAUGGGCGUUCCAUGUAUAAGGAUUGUGAGCUGCACUCCAUCGCCACUCGGUUCGGUUCUAUAGCGGCACAAGAUAGAAACUCGCCGGACGAGAAGACCGGGUUUGCUUUCGUCCGGUGCAAGGUGACCGGUUCAGGACCCGUAUACGUGGGCCGGGCCAUGGGCCAGUACUCUAGAAUCGUCUACGCGUAUACAUACUUUGAUGACGUGGUGGCCCACGGGGGAUGGGAUGACUGGGACCACGUCAGCAACAAAAACAAGACGGUAUUUUUUGGAGCAUACAAAUGCUGGGGCCCAGGAGCAAGCAAAGUGAAGGGAGUAUCAUGGGCCAGGGAGUUGGAGUUCGAAGAGGCCCAUCCAUUUCUUGUGAAGAGCUUUGUGAAUGGCAGGCACUGGAUUGCACCCUCUGAUGCUUAGGUCAAAUACUAUGUAUACACACAUUUAUAUUACAUUCCAUUCAUUCAAUUUGUAUUGCCAUAAUCUUUAAACCAACAUUAUUUAAGGUUUAUUAUAAUGUU